ACGAUGGUAGCCAGUAUUGACCAAGUAGAAACUCUAAUUCUAUAAAUCAACAACGAAAGACAGACGCAUAGAUAAACAAAUUGAUAAGCUGGAAAAACAAAUUAAUGGCGGAUAUAGCAAGUGUUGUGUUCCAUUUUGUUCUAGUGCACGGUGCAUGCCAUGGAGCUUGGAGUUGGUACAAGGUGAAACCACAACUAGAGGCUGCCGGCCACCGUGUCACCGCCUUCGACCUCGCCGCCUCUGGUAUAAACAAUAAAUCAAUCGAGGAGGUUCGAUCGUUUCAUGAGUACAGUAAGCCUUUGCUGGAGAUUUUGGCAUCAAGUCCUAGUGAUCAUGAGAAGGUUAUACUAGUUGGGCACAGCCUAGGAGGUCUAAGUGUGGCUUUAGGCAUGGACUAUUUCCCUCAUAAGAUCUCAGUUGCUGUGUUUGUUUCAGCCCUCAUGCCUGAUACCACACAUCUGUCUUUAUAUGUUGCUGAGAAGCUGACGGAGAGGACUUCAGCAGACUACUGGCAAGACACUCAAUUUGCAAACUACAGCAACUCUGAUCCACCUCUCAUGUCAGCACUUCUUGGGCCUAAGAUCUUGGCAUCCAAGCUCUAUCAGCUCUCCCCUGUUGAGGAUCUUGAAUUGGCAAAGGUUUUGGUUAGGCCAGGACCAUUGUUUCAAAAAGGUUUUGCGAAGGGGGACAAGUAUUCUAAUGCAGGUUACGGGGCAGUAACAAGGGUGUAUGUGGUAUGCGAUGAAGACAAAGCAAUUCCUGUGGAUUUCCAGCGCUGGAUGAUCGAAAAUUACCCAGCUAAGGAAGUGAGGGAGAUUAAAGGAGCAGAUCAUAUGGCUAUGAAUUCUAAGCCAAAACAACUCUCCCGUCACCUCCUGGAGAUAGCCCAUAAGUAUUCCUAAUGCAUCGUGAUAUGAUAUCUGUCGGAGCCUCGUGUGUGUUGCAUAUGUGGCUAGUUCUAAGAUGUAGAAAACUAUAGAAAACAUCUGAGCAAGUAAGCUUAUAAAUAUCACGUAAGAGUGCACUUGUAAGAUGGGUCUAACCCACCCAAAAAUAAAAGAGGGUUACCGCCCUGUAUGUGAGCGAGUCUUCAAGGCUCUGUUUUUAUAUAAGGGAGCUAGCUACUUCAUUUUUUAAUGUUGAUGGAUUCGAAAAUGAUUAAGAUCUUA